AUGGCAACCAGUAACACUCGGUUUGAUCAAGGCCUUGGCAUGGUGGAGGACACUCUCUGCGACCUGGAGCGUGAUGGUGAAGACGACAAAGUCAAUCAGCAUUUGGAGGCCAUCUACCAGAGAUUGAAACCAUUCCAAGAACGACAAGCCACCAAAAAGAAAGCCAAGCUAGAAUCCGAGCAAGCCGCCAAGCAAGCCGCCAUACAGCAAUCUGUCCAAUCCUCAUUGUCCAAUCACCCCGAGAUCUGGCGUGAUAACAUCUUUUCGUUUAUUGGUGUGGGCCACUAUGCCUUUGUGGGAGAGGUCAACAAACAGUUCAAUCAAUUUUACAAGGCGUACUGUGAUUCUGUACCCGGUCCCAAUCGUCCAUUGUUGCAAUUUUUGUACGAUUUUGGAGAUUUAUACUACCUUCCAGCAACCAGCACCGACACGACUUUCCGUGCUGCCUUCGACAAUGUGUCGUGUGCCGAGCACUGUUGGGAACAUCAGAGUGCUCAAGUGGGCCCACAAGAGGGACUAUUUUUUGAUGAUGAUGAUGAUGAUGAUGAUGAGGACCCAGAGACCUGUUCCAUCGCUGCUAAACAUGGAAAUUUGGGAAUGCUCCAGUAUGCUCGCAGCAAGGGAUUUUGUUGGGAUAAAGAGACAUGCUCCAAUGCUGCCGGGAAUGGUCAUUUCGAUCUUCUGAAAUGGGCACUGAAACAAGCUUGUCCCUGCGACUCAUCCGCAUGUGAUGCCGCCGCAAAAGGAGGCCAUUUUGACAUUCUCAAGUAUUUGCAUGAGAAGUCGUUGCGUGAGGGGAAUGACUGGCACGGCCCAAUCCAUGGUAGUCGCACGUGCAUCUCUGCAGCGGAAGGUGGACAUUUCGAAAUCCUACAGUGGCUUGUCGGAAAGGGAUGUCCAAUCUGUAAAUACACUUGUGAUGGUGCUGCCAAAGGUGGACACUUCGAAAUCCUAAAGUGGUUUGUCGUCGAAAAGGGCUGUCGCAUCAAUGCAUCCACAUGUGCCGCUGCUGCGGAAGGCGGGCACCUCAAUAUUCUCAUCUGGCUUCGUGAACGUGAGUGCCCUUGGAACACCCGCACUUGUGCCAAUGCCGCAGGAGCUGGUUACUUGGAAUUGCUUGAGUGGGCUCGGAAAAAUGGAUGCCCAUGGGACGAAGAAAAAUGUUGGCGUGCUGCUAUUUGUGGAGGCAUUGGAGGUCAUUUGGACGUGCUCAAGUGGGCACGGAAAAAUGGUUAUCAGUGGAAUGUAGCUACAUGCAUCGUUGCUGCUACGUUCGGGCGAUUGGAGAUUCUGAAGUGGGCUCGUGCGAACGGCUGUCCCUGGGAUGCAGUAAUAUGUUCGAAUGCUGCUUGGGAAGGGCAUCUGGAUGUAUUGAAAUGGGCUCAUCAGAAUGGCUGUCCUUGGGACGCAGACACGUGUUCUAAUUGUAUUGUGGAAUCACAUGGGAAUUGGCACAUGCUGAGAUGGGCUGUAACCAAUGGCUGCCCUUGGGACAAAGAAACGUACAAUGAGGUUGUUGAUCAUGGAAGAGAGGAUAUCGUGCAGCUCAUGGAUGAGCAUCGUUUCCUUCGGACGCGGCGAACGUUGCAUUUGGAUCGGAAAUGAGACCAAACGAGUUGUUGUUGUUGCAGCUUUCGCGGAACUGGUCUCUCUCCAAAGGAUGUUCCGGGCGCGACAAGCUGGCCGUGACGAUUGUUGCCUUGGCCGAAGGAGUAGAUACUUUUUCACGAGAAGCCGAAUCGAAUCGAGGAGCUUCCCCUCUGAAUCUGUCACUAAGAACAACAACACUGAUAGCAACAAACACAACCAAUUGGUCAUACCUAUACCAUUACACUACCUAUUAGCACCAUUAGA